GGAGCAGGUCUUCACAGAAAUGAAGUUUCUGCAGAUACUUAGACCAGCAGCUGGUGUGACGUUAUGGAGAUCAAGCAGUGGUGUGUCCUGUUUACUUGGGCUGGUCACAUGUCUGGGCUGUGUAGCAUCCCUCAACAUCACCCCAAUGACUUCAAGCCCGCGCUCAGCCUUUUCCGCCACACGUAGCAGCAGCGUGUUGGGUGGCACUCAGCGGGUCGUGACUUUUGACCGCCUUCUUGUCAACAUCGGUGAUGACUUCAACCCAGAUACAGGUGGUUUCCGAUGCCGCCUGCCUGGUGCGUACUACUUCUCGUUCACCGUGGGAAAGUUUCCCAAGAAGAUCCUGUCUGUCAUGCUGGUGAAGAACGGCAUGGAGGUGCAGGCCAUGGCGUACGACGGAUACCGGAACCAGGGUCGCAAGGUGCAGAGCCAGAGCGUGAUGGUCAGCCUAAAGCCCAUGGAUACGGUCUACCUUCUGCUUCAGGAGAAUCCCGAAUACGCCAUCUACAGCAACGUUGGACCAUACGUCACAUUUAGCGGUUAUCUCGUCUACCCAGACUCCACAUCAUCUGUUGGAUAUCUCAAUAACCACCUAUCUCCUCCAGGCCUUCAUAUUCCAGGUUGUCCUCCCCCUAUAGAUGCCCAUUAUGACUGGAGAAGAACAACAACCAUUGAGGAAGCACGUUCUGCGUUUUCAGUGGCAAGAACAUCCUCAGCGCUGGGUGAAAGCAGAGGGCAUCGGGAAAGAGAAGCUCUCUCGUUUGACGUGGAAUACGUUAACAUAGGCGGCCACUUUAACAAAACUUCUGGACGUUUCAUCUGCCACUUCCCCGGUGCGUACUUCUUCGCGUUUACUGUGGGGAAACACCCUCGUCGGGCGUUGUCAGUGAAGCUGAUGAUGGGCAGAGGGGAGGUGCGGGCCAUGGUGUUCGACGAGGACUUGUCGCGGAGGAGAGAGAUGCAGAGUCAGAGUCUGCUGUUGUCGCUGAAAAGAGGAGACAGUGUCUGGCUGUACAGUCAGCAGGAUGACGGAUACGCCGUUUACAGCAACCAGGGACGUUACACAACAUUCUCUGGAUUCCUGGUCUAUCCUUAUGCCGAUUCCAUGAACAUGGACAGAACUUUCCCCUAAGAACCAGUACUGAAUAAUUCAUAGCUCCGCCUUUAACCUUUUGUUUUUGUACUAA